CAAAAAUGGUGGCUUGGAGAAAGUAGAGAGGAGAUUGUGCCAACAGUUGUCACCAUGCCAACGAGAAAAUGAAAUUGGGAAACCUAUCGGUUCCCUCGUCACCAGGGUUUGGUUUUCAGUUUCAGUUUAGAACGAAGACACCGACUGACACAGAGUAGAGCCGAGCGAAAACAGAGCAAGAUUGGAUUUUUAGCUUUUAGUUUACAACUGGUUUCUGUUCUCGGGCAAUAAAAGGCUAUGGAAAGGUUCAGAUUCACUUCUACUCAGAAGGAUUCCAGCGUUUGAUUCGACGGUGAUACAUACGGAUCUUGGUAAGGCAGGUAGAGUUCCGGCGCAGCCGCCAGUAAGACUCUGUUUCUCAUACCUUUUCUCCUUUUCCGUUUUUGGGUAGGAGUAAGAAUCUCAAAUCCGGGCCAGAAUCCCUUUCCCUAUUUUGUUUCGGAAUCGGAAAAGAGAGCGAAUUCAAUAAAUAGUAGACCUAUGCUCAGUUAGCCUUCCCCCGCACCAAUAGGCCGAGAAAGAAAGAGUUCUGCUUCAGAAGAUACAGGCAUAUAUCAUAGUUCCAAUGGCUGAUGGAUUGAAGGAUUGGUCUGAAUUGGGGGAGGACCUGCUGUCUAGGAUUGGGCAAUGUUUGAGGACAUUAGAGGAUGUGAUUCGAUCCCGUGUAGUUUGUAAACAAUGGAGGCGAGCCCUAUUGGCCGAGCAGCAGCGCAGGUUUCCCCCAUUCACACAGUGGCUGAUGCUACCGUUUUGCAGGAGCAACAACAUGAACAUGGAAAUGUCGAUGUGCAGUACCAUCUCCAACUCCCUGGCUGCGGUGGCCACGCCGAUGACUGGGUGCAAAGGCUCCGAGAACUGCCGCUGCUUUUACAACGUGGCGCUGCAUCAAUUUCACCACAUCGAGUUCCCCCAAGGCCUGCAAGGCAAAAGGUACCGCGGAUCCACAAUGGGCUGGCUGUGCAUUGUGGAUAAAACGCCCGGUAUCUCGUUGUUGAACCCUCUUACCAAGACCGAGAUCCCUCUUCCACCCGCCACAUCUUUUCCCGAUGUGCAGGCCUACCGCCCUGAGAAGGCCCGGGGUGAGUACCUGCUUCGAAUGGCAGAUGGUUUCGAAGAAUCCAUUAGCAAGAACUUCUUUUUGAAGAACUACUUGAAGAGGGUUGUUGUAUCAGCUGAGCCCACCUCAGAGGAAUGCGUUGUGAUGGUCAUCCGAUGGAACACCGAGGACGAUCGCCUGGCAUUCUGCAGGCCUACUGAAAUUGAGGCAGGAUGGAAGCUGGUUGCUCACGAGGAGGAGAAUGGUAUACCCCCGGACAGGAUUGGUUUUGUGGAUGUGGUUUUUUGGAGGGAUCGAUUCUAUGCCCUUGACUGGGGAGGAAGGAUUCUGGUGUGUGAUUUUUCUGCUAACUCGCAUCACCAGACUCUGUCGUUCUUUCUUGAAUUUCAUCCCAAUCAUGAUGGUUAUGGCUAUGCCGACAAUCAAUACUUGGUUGUGUGUCCUGCUGCUGUUACCGGGGAUGAUGAUGAUCAGCUGGUGAUGGUAUCUAGAUUUACGAAAUGGAUGGAUAUUGACGAGAGCGAUGAUGACAACAAUUCGGAUGAUGAUUGUCCACCAGGCAACAAUGCAAAAACUUACUGGGCCGAGAAGUUCAAAGUUUUCAAGAUGAAGAAGAAUGCCAUAGGAUGGGAUGAGUUUAACAGCAUCGGGGAAUUUGCCUUGUUCUUGGGCUUCAACUCCUCUGCAACUUUUGUCCACACCAAAGCGCAUCCUGGAGUAGUUCCCAAUUCCAUUUAUUUCACGGACGAUAUCAUUGACAGCCAUCGAGGGCGGAUGCAUGGAGGUCAUGACAUGGGUGUCUACAACCUCGCCACUCAAAAGGUCAUGCCUCUCUAUUCUACUACCACUCUGCAUGAUAACCCUGUGAUGAUUUCUCCAUUACCUCUAUGGUUCUCUCCGUCGAUUGUUACUGGCUCGUAAGCACCUUGUUGGAGAAAUCAACUGUCAGCUAGUUUACUCACUCUUGUAACCAGCCUAUUGUAAUUUGUAGGUAGACCCAUAUAUUCCUUACUCUUGUGUUGUGAUUAAAUGGAUUAUUAUAAAUUAUUAAAGGUCUAAAUUUUUAAUUGAGGAAGAUACUGAAGAACAUAAAAGUUUAUGCAAUGAUGAAAAUGAGUGAUGAGCAUAUCGACAAGUUUCUCAUACCGUGGGAUAGGAAGGAAUAUGAAGGGGGGAAACUUGUCGUUCAUCGAAAUAAUUAGUCACUAUUGACAUCGGCACAUUGCACAUUCGAGAUCGCCAAAUAUCCAAUAGUUCGUCCAUUCAGCCUUUUUCAUUCUUCUUAUUGUUGAAUAUCUCAUUCGUACACAUCUUCUCCGGAAUAUCUCAUUCGUAAGCAAAUGAAAUUCCAAUUUUCCA